AUGAUGAAUCGUUUUGCUGAUAUUAAUUUGUCGUUCAAAAAACUGCCCCCUGUUUAUGGUUAUCGAAGCCAAAAACUAGUUCCAAUUGAAAAAGCAUUAGAAAAUAUUAUGUCUGAAAUUGAUGAAUUACCAUAUUAUAUAAAAACUGCUAAAAAAUAUUGCCAUUUUCCAUCCGAACAUGGUUUGACGCGUGAUGAAUCUGCUGCUAUUUAUAUUUAUACAAUGGAAUGGGACGAAACUAGUCUAUAUCGUGUAUUAAAUAAAGCUUUACGAUCAGAAAAUCGACAAGCAUUAAAGAUAUGGUUUCCUUACUUAAAAUUAUUUGAUACAGCAUUAGAUAAAUUACCUACUGUGAAAGAAGUUGUAUGGCGAGGUGUGCCUCUUCACAUUGGCAAAAGUUUCACUAAAAAUCAAAUGAUAACAUGGUGGACUAUUAAUUCAUGUUCAUCCUCGGUUGAUGUUAUCAAAAAUUUCCUUGGAAAUGAUAGAAAAUCAACUUUGUUUUUAAUCGAAGCUGUUAAUGGAAAACAGAUUUCUGCUUAUAGUGCUCUUGAAAAUGAAGAUGAAGUUAUUUUACGAAUGGGAACAGAAUUUCGUGUGAAAAGCAAUGCUCUAGAUCAUCCUUAUGGUUCACAUGUCGUACAUUUGAUCGAAGUCGAUGAUAAUAAUGAUACACCAGUGAUAUCGGAUAUGAAUGAUAUGCAUAUAGCUUCAACAUAUGAAGAUCAAGACGCUUUAGAUUCGCACAAUCAAUCAUAUCGAACAGAGAACCAGGAUUUUGAUUUAAUUAAUGCAUCAGGUCAUCGUUUUCAAGAUGAAGGCGAUGAUCAUAGUGCUGAAAAUUCAUCUGAAAUAUCGGAAGAUGAAGAAUAUCUCCAAGCAACACCAGGAAAGCAUGUGAGAAAUUCUGAAACUUUAUACAUGGCAAACGCAACACAAUCCAAAUCAAAAAAUAGAUUAUUCGAUCGUACUGAAGACGAAUAUCAUGUAUGUCGUACGUGUGGAGAACAAUUUCCUUCAAGAAAUAAAUUGUAUCACCAUCUUCGAACAGAAUGUGAAGAAGCAUAA